AUGGGCUCGUCCGACAAAGUUAAAGAAAAAGAAAAGCACGCAACCGAUCUUGCCAAGAAGAAAAGCAAGAAGGAGAAGUCGAGCGAUGACAAGAAACGAAAGCGAGAGGAUAGCGUAGAGAAGAAGGCUAAGAAGUCUAAAUCGAAUGGCGAUGAUGGCGUGAAGAAGGAAAAGAAAAAGAAGGAGAAGAAGAAAAAGGACAAGACAAAGGGCGACGAUGAAAAGAAGCAACGAAAGCAUGCAUGUGACAGCAACCCUUCAACGCCAGAGAACAUUGAUACACAACCAUCAUCACCAUCGAAUACCAACAACGAGGAUGCUAAAGAGGAAAGUGGUGGAUGGAACAAUUGGAACAAAGCCAGCUUUGGUGGAGAUCAGCAGCAGAAGGACAAGUUCUUGCGCUUGUUAGGUGCCAAAAAGGCGAGCAAUCAACCAUCCGAACGUCAGCAAACCAAAAAGUCAGGAGGAGGUUUGUAUGGGUCUCUAAAGAGUGCUAUUGACGAAGAUGAGAAGCAUCGUAUUUCCAAUGAUUUGCAAAAGCAGUUUGAGGAUGGAUUACGGUUUAGAAAGCAGCAACAAAUGGGCCGUCGCGGUGGUCUUGGUAGCUAG